AUGAGAUCAAUUGUGGUUCUCUGUUAUGGAGGCAUUGAAUUUGGUGGCGUGCGGUGCGUACUUAUUUUGUUGGUAGCGUUGCAGGCACUCAGGUCUAUUCGUGGUGAUUGGGUCGAAAUUCCUCAUAUUAAACCGCCUGCGGGCCAAGGGCUCAAGAUCCAGGGCCAUUUGAGCCAGCUAAGGAAUAUGGCGGGCCACCAAGAAGCUGCUGAAUUAUUCGAUCAUAGUCGUGACCAGUGGUCGCGACUGGAUUAUACCACCAAGCACAGUACUUUACCGGUAGUGGCAAAUGUGUCCAGCAAGAUAGAAACGAUAGAUUACGAACAAGAUGAAGUGGACGAGAAGGAACAUGAUUAUUCGAGGGUGCAAACUGCGUUACUUCCUUUUGGAAAUCGGUAUGGCGAGGAGUACAUCAAUGCGAUGCCACAAUCACCAUCCGAUCCUAAAACCAUGAUGAACUACGAGCGAUAUUACGUCAGCGACGAUGUUAGCAUUAUAACACCACCAGAGCACCAUGAACAUCAGUUAGAGGCGCCGGAAGAACUGGAAGAAACAGACUCGUUAACAUUAGCUGCUGAAAACCAACCCGCAAGAGUGCAUCAGCCAGAGACACCACCGAUUCACAGCUUGUCGGAGGGGAUUGGUUCCUUUUUAAACUUUUUGCGUCACAUGCAGGCCAGCUUCGUGCUACGUACAGCGCACAGCAUCAAUGAAAAAAUCGAUUUGCUGACCGGACUGCGCGAUCAGCUGCUAGACACUAUACAACGACGGAUAGGUCGAUUGUGGGUGCCAUCCGUGCCAAAGAUACAGCGUAGAAACCGUCGACAAAUACGGCUAGGUUGGACUGGCCACGACGACGAUGGCAAUAAUGGGGUUGAUUUUCCUUCAGCCGAGAGCGCCCUCCUUACCAUUUCAUUCCUCACGUUCGCCGUCUUUCUUAUUAAGCUGGUACUGCAGGUGAUUAAUACAAUUAAGGCGAAGCACUACACAUAUAGUACUUUUGCGGCGUCCUCCGGCUCAACUCCGGUUGCUGGUGGGUUGUUUGUUAAACGAGUGCGACGGACCUUAGCUACACUAUAUUCUAACGAAGUGCUGCUGGACGAGGUUAACACCGGAAACAUUCUGCGCGCUAUAGAGAGCUAUGAACGUUCCUAG